CAUGCAGCCAAUGACCAGAAUGUCACAGCAAUUUGAAAUCACAGUGGCAGUUGGCCAGCUGUUACUGCAGCAGCCAUUGCUAGUCAUUGCGCUGAGGAGUAAGGAGUGUGUGACUGUGCUCCAGAGAUGUUUCCCCCAAUUAAGCCGAAUGUUCACAGGAUGUUGAGUGCUGCGAGGGGGAAAUAUAAAUUUCCCUGGGAACUUCCAGGACGGGCAGAUGAUAUCUUUCCAGGCACUCGGACCUAUGUCCAGCUGCCCGCAAUUCCUGAAGUUCUCCGUAAACAUUAUGGAAGAUGUCCAGACGAUGAAGGCCGGAAUUCGGCCUGUUAUAACAUCCAACUGCCUAAAUUGUCUGAGAUAUAUAAUCCAGUAGGAAUAAGACCAUCAGGACAGACAGAGAUGGAGUGUAUCAAACCUGCGCCUCCAAAGACUAAGGCGGCCAAACACCCACCACAACGCUCCAGCAAAGUCCGCCGGUCCGCUAGUCACUGCCCGGAGGCCACUCGCCCAUCUGUGCCCAGAGAGCUGCCCAGUUUGGUCCCGUCUCUUGGUGAUGCACUAAAUUUACUGUGUAACAAUGACUGGGAGAAAAAGAUUGAGGGCAUCAACAUGGUGCGGUCCCUGUCCGCGUCUCAUCCCUCAGUCGUCCUGGAGAGUCUUCAUGCCUUCAUCGUUGGGCUGACCAAAGAGGUGAAGAACUUGUCCUCCAAAGUCUCCCGAGCAGCUAUUGGGUGUUUAGCUGCCAUGUUUGUACACCUGGGGAAGAACAUGGACAGAGAAGUGGAGCACUGCGCACUUGUCCUCCUAUCCAGGGCGGGAGACUCCAACCUAUUCAUACGGGAGGAGGUGGACAAAGCGCUACAGGCCGCGGUGGAGAAUGUGAUACCAAUACGAGCUCUAACGUCCCUUAUAAAUGGAGGGCUAAGCCAUUUGAACACUGCCAUCAGGAGUUGUGCAGCCAAACACAUGUGUCAUCUGGUGGAGAGACUGGGACAGAGGCGCGUUCUAUGUGGGCAAGGAGCCAUCACCGCAAGAGCUAUCCCCGCAAUAGCACGGUGUGUCCAGGAUAGCUCUCAGGACACCAGGUUCUAUGGCAGAAAGAUGCUUCACUACCUGAGAUCUCAUCCGGACUUUGAGAAAGCCCUGCACAGAUAUGUCCCAAGCAGGGAGCUGCAGUAUAUAAAAGAUAUAUUAAAACGUCUGUAAAUAAAUGUUAUAUAACUUGUG